AUGGCGGCGGCCGGAGCCGAGGCCCCGAGAGGUGAGGCUGGAGCUCAGUGUCACCGGCCGCCAGGUCCGCCCCCGAGGCAGAAGCCCAGCCGGACGGCAAUGUGGGCUGGACGCCUCCGCGCGGACACCCCGAGCGCGGUACCCUCGCGGCCGGCUACGGACCUGGGACACGGCUGCUCCGUGCGAGCGUGGGUCCAAGUCCCGCGGGCCCGGGUCCUGGGUGGCGUGUGUGCACGCGCCGCCUCUUUCAAGGCCUGGUGUGUGCCUUGCCUAGUUUCACUUGAUACUCUUCAGGAAUUAUGUAGAAAAGAAAAGCUCACAUGUAAAUCGAUUGGAAUCACCAAAAGGAAUCUAAACAAUUAUGAGGUGGAGUACUUGUGUGACUACAAGGUAGUAAAGGAUGUAGAAUAUUACCUUGUAAAAUGGAAAGGAUGGCCAGAGUCUACGAAUACUUGGGAGCCCUUGAGCAACCUCAGGUGUCCACAACUGCUGCAGCAGUUCUCCAGUGACAAGAAUAGUUUUUUAUCUCGGGUAAAGAAAGGGAAGGCAGUCACUCCAAAAAACAGUAGGAAAUCCUUGCCACCUGCUGUCGCUGAGUACAUUGUAAAGAAAGCCAAGCAAAGAAUAGCUCUCCAGAGAUGGCAAGAUUACCUCAACAGAAGAAAGAACCACAAAGGGAUGAUAUUUGUUGAAAAUACUGUUGACUUGGAGGGCCCACCCUUAGACUUUUACUACAUUAACGAAUACAGGCCAGCUCCAGGAAUCACCAUAAACAAUGAAGCUACCUUCGGAUGUUCAUGUACAGACUGCUUCAUGGGAAAGUGUUGUCCUGUUGAGGCUGGAGUUGUUUUGGCUUAUAAUAAGAACCAACAAAUUAAAAUCAAACCUGGCACUCCCAUCUACGAAUGUAACUCAAGGUGUCGAUGUGGACCUGACUGUCCCAAUAGGAUUGUACAAAAAGGCACACAGUAUUCACUGUGCAUCUUUAGAACGAGCAAUGGCUGCGGCUGGGGUGUAAAAACCCUUGUGAAGAUUAAAAGAAUGAGUUUUGUCAUGGAAUAUGUUGGAGAGGUGAUCACAAGUGAAGAGGCUGAGAAGCGUGGACAGUUAUAUGACAACCAAGGAAUCACCUAUCUUUUUGAUCUGGACUAUGAAUCUGAUGAAUUCACAGUGGAUGCAGCGCGAUAUGGAAAUGUGUCCCAUUUUGUGAAUCAUAGUUGUGACCCAAACCUUCAGGUGUUCAGUGUCUUCAUCGAGAACCUCGAUACUCGGCUUCCCAGGAUAGCACUGUUUUCCACGAGAACCAUAAAAGCUGGAGAGGAGCUGACUUUUGAUUAUCAAAUGAAAGGUUGUGGAGAAUUGUCUUCAGAUUCUGUGGACCACAGCCCUGCCAAAAAAAGGGUCAGAACUGAAUGUAAAUGUGGGGCUGAGACUUGCAGAGGUUACCUCAAUUGAAACUUCAGGAAAUGGAGCACAGGAUUGUGUUUUGCUCUAAGAACUGAAAAAGUAUUUUCUAUUAUCAAGAUUAUAUGUAUGUUAAUGUACAACUUGUGUCUCAAGAUAUUUGCAAAGUACAUUACUGUUGCUUUUGAAGAGAACUGCAGGGGCUGGCCACAUAAACAGAAUAUAUUUGGUGGUUACAUACUAAACAUGGAAAGUGAACUACUUCUUAAUAGGCAAGUAUCCCCUUUAGUGUCUGAAAAGCAAUGAGGCAAUGGCUGUUGAUAUAAAACCUUUUACCGUGACUCAAAUAGAUAAUUCAGUUUAGGCAAAUGUACAAAUUUUAUUUUAUUUUUUUUACUAUAUUGUUCCUGCUUAAUAUUCACUGAUCUUGUAUUUGAAACAAGUAAGCGGCACUGAAUUUUCUUACUGUAUUUUCUACUUUUACAUUAAAACAUCAACAUGUUAAUGAUAUAUUUCAGGUAUAAAAAGAAAUGUGAGAGAUACUCUUUUAGCUUGAUCUCAUUCUAAAGCAAUAGAGACCAUUACAAAGACUGUAUGUCUGAACCUGAAAGUCUUUGAUUUUUAAUCCUGCUGAAGAAAAAUCUUGAAUCACCUUCUCUGUCCAUAGUGGCUGGCCAUUAUGCUUCUUUGCAAGGACAUAGCAGUGUGGCUAAGAGGACCUGCUGGGAGUGCCAGGCAGGGCAAAUGAGUACAGAAGGAGCCACAGCGUGAACCGACGUCACACUGAGUAACUCUCCUCUGAACAGAAGAGCAACAGCCUCGGAGAGCACUUGUCCCUAAUGGCAGUGUAAUUCACAUCACAUUACUGCUACUGCCAGGCAGUUUUAAUAGUUCCUUUCCACUAAAUUUAAUUAUUUUUGCAUUUUCUGUAUGUCCUUGAAAAAUAACCUAUAUUUGAACAGAUAUUGUUUUAUACAAGAAUUUUUAAAUGGAUAAUACUGACUUUGGCCAAAGUUAUGUCUUAUUGAACUUUUAUUAAUCUGUGGGGAUUAGAUGGGAUUUUCCCAUGUAUAAAACACAAUAAAGAAAAAACUUACUUUCAUCUUUUUGGGUCUGGGAAUUCUAACCAUGGUGUCCAGUGUGAAGACCAAAAAAGAAAAAAAGAAAGAAAUGGCAGCAAAUAAUCCUUUCAGUGUCCUGAUUAAGAUUUACCUAAGCUCACUGCUCCGGGCCUUAAUAGGCUGUAAUAAGCUCAAGUAAAAUGAACUGAAUCCAGGAAUUCAGCACUUCCUUUAUCUUCUCUUAACCUGUUUUGGGAGAAGCUACAAUGUUAUUCAGAAUAUUGCCUUCACAAGGCUACUUGUUCACAAUACAUAGAAUACACUGUUUGCAUAUUUGAGAUCUCAUUCUGUUUGCUACCCAGAAUUUUCAGAAUGUGUCAAGAAAAUAUAUAUAUAUAUUUUUUAAAUUGUAUUUUUUUUUUUUGGUUUUUCUUUGAGAAUCUUAAACGCAUUCUAGGUGUGGUUUUCUUCUCCCUGAAUACCAAACUCACUUUGAAGUAUUCUCAGGUUUAAAGACCAGAUUUUUUUAAAAAAAAAAAAAUUCAGUGUUUUGAUUUCCAAGAUAUUUGGUCUUAUUUAAAUUCAGGUUAAAAGAAAAGAGAGGACAGAGGGGAAAGGAUUAUGUUUAAUAAACAUGUGGCUUUGUUUUGUCUUUACUAAUAGAAAUUUAAUGGGUCCUGAUUUUGUGGGUUGGGGGUAGGUCUUGAAGUAGGGUAGCGUGUGGCUCAGGCUAGCCCUGAAUUUUCUGUGAAGCUGGAGAUUAUCUUGAACUAUUACUCGCCUUCCUCUACCUCCUGCUGCUGAGAUUACAGGCAUGUGCCACCAUGCCCAGUUUAAGAUUUUUACCUUUAAAAAAAGACAAGUACACAGAAGUCCCACACGUGUAAUGUACUGCGCUUCUAUUCACACUGCUCCAUUACCUUUUUGCCCCCACCAUUCCUCCACUGUCUUCCUUUUAUACCUUUACCUUGUGAUAGCUGUUUAUCUAAAAAGAGAUGUGUGUAUGUAGACACACUCGCGGUUGUGAUAAAGGUCAUCAGUUCAUCUCCAGCUUGGUUCCUUCAAUUCACAUGUCCUGAGUGUAUAGUGGCUUCAGCAACAGGAACUUGGAAAUAGUCCUGACAGGAAGUUAAGCAGGAGCAGAGACUGAACUCUGCUCACUGGCUUUCUUACACAGCCCAGGCACAUGGGCCUAGGGAUGGGAUUGCCCACAGCCUUUAAGAAAAUCCUCCACAUGCCACAGGCCAAUUUGAUGGACACAGUUCCUUAAUUGAGGUUCCCUCUUCCAAGGUGACCCCAGGUUUCUCAGGUUGACAGCGGAAGCAAACUAUGAUAAUGUAUUUUGCAUAUUUGACUCUUCGCUAAAGUCAAUGUGGCUAGCCACUAGAUUUCUUGAUGUAUCUUGGCACUUUAAAGCUCUUUAACCUUCGAUACUAUAUAACCUUUGAAAAUGAAGUCAGCACCACACUUCUGUUUUGAUGCUGUUGGUAAUGAGGUCUCAUCAUACAGCAUCAUAGAGUGCUCAAGAGCCCUGACACUGGAAGCCCCCGUUGCUAGUGUCUGAGUCCUGGCUUUAUUGCUUACUAGCUUUGUGAACUAAUCUGUGUGCCUUAGUCUCAUGUCUACCUCAAAGUGUGGCUUCACAGAUUAAAGCUUUAUAAAGUGGUUUUAUCACAGAAUAAACACCAUAUAUAAAUGUUUCCUAUUGUUAUUCUGUAUUCAGAACAUAACCUGUAAAAACUGAUCAUGUAGAUUGAUCUAAAUCUACUCUUUUGUUCUUAGCUCUCUAACUCCUUCAGCCAGUGUUUGCACCAGGCUUAAGACCUAAAACAUGAACAUUACAGUUAUAAAAUAUUAGCCAUACAUUCAGAACAAUGGUGGCAUGUUUUGAAUGCUUACUUUGGAUCAGCCCAAAUCUUGGGCUGAGAUUUAUGGCUCAGAUAAAAAACAAAACAAAAAUAAAGUUAAAGUAUUAGUGAAUAUAUUCAAAUGCAUAGUUAUAUAUACAUAUAUUCUAAGUCAUAUACCCACUAGGUUGGGACUAGUAGUAAUUCCUGAUCUAAUUGCCAUGUAGCACAGUGAUGAUCUGUGACAUUCAGUUUAAUCUGCACAUUGUGAGACUCCAUUUAAGCUUAUUUUAAGUGGUAUGCCUAUAUAUAUCUUUUUUCUUGACUUGUAAAAUGUCAGCAUAGUAAAGUGCUUAUGAAGAUGUUUAUAAAGACUUAUUAAAUUCAUAUACAUCAAUACAAAAGCAUUGUACUUUAAGGCAAUUUCACAAUUCACAGAGCAUAUAUAUGUUAGCCAUUCUAAGCAUUUUCCUUUACAUUGUAAUUUUGUAGUUUCAGUUGUAUCAUUGUAUUUACCUUUGUAUUUACUAAGACAGUUCUUGAUAAGUUGCCCAGGCUUGACCUCCUGUCUCAGCCUCCAGAACAGUGAGAACACAGCCUUGCCUAGCUCACUGGUGAUUUGUAAGAUUUUUAUUUUAUGUGUGAUUUGCCUGCCUGUAUGUACACACACCACAUGUGUGCCUGGGUCCUCCAGGAUAGAGUUACAAUUUUGAGCCACCAUGUAAGUGUUGGAAAUAGCAAGUGUUUUGCUGAGCCAUCUCUCCAGCCCUGCCUCUGUGCUUGCUAUCAGUUUACUUUAAUAGGGCCGCCUUUUCUUCUAGACUGCUUGUCAUGAUUUAGGAUACAGUGUAUCUUGGUGGAAUGGUCUGCACAUACUUGAAGAGAUGUAUUCUGCUGUGAAGUAAAAGUUUUAUCAGAUCUAGUUAUCUGGUGGUGGUCAGUUUUUGUAUUUUGUAUACUGAUUUAAUGUAUAUAUACCAUUUUCUCUAAGAGAAGCAUGUUAAAAUUUUUAUAUUUGUGCAUAUUAUCUGGUCUCUUUUCUGGAGGGCAGUACUGGUGAUUGAACCUAGGACUUCAUACAUGCUAGGCAAGAGCUCUAUCAUUCCAUUGUCUUGGUGAGUUAGACAAUUUGUCUAGGACAGUAUCUGCUCUUAUUAUAGUCUCUCUGGCUUCAUACUUACAUUGUCCUUUUACUUUUAACUUUACAUCACUUGAAUUGCGCUGUAAACAGCAUAGUUGACUUAUAUUUUUCCCUGAGUCUGUGUUUUUAUGAAUCUCUUUACAUCAUUUGUAUUUAUUGUGAGGAUUAAUGUGUUUAGAUUUAGUUCUACAAUCUCAUGCAACACUGGUUUUGACCCUGUCAUUUGAGCAUACUUUAGUAUUCCAU